AUGAUUGCUUCAGCCAGGCCAUCCUCCCAAAACGAAACUUAUGACUAUGUUAUCGUUGGCAGUGGUCCCGGCGGUGGCCCUCUUGCCAGUAACCUUGCACGAGCAGGAUUCAAGACCCUUCUGCUCGAGGCUGGUGACGACGAAAGCGCAAACCCGGUGACCAAUGUGCUCGCUUUCGCUGGAUCCCACGCUGUACCUACCAAUCUGAGCUGGUCGUUCUAUGUCCGUCAUUACGACGACGAUGAAUUGACCAAAAAGAAGCAACACCUUGUCUGGAAACUUACGAACGGAGAGUUGUGGGUUGGACCUGGUAGCUCUGCUCCUGCGGGCGCAGAGAUUCUGGGCGUCCAAUAUCCACGUGGUGCUACGUUGGGAGGUUCAUCUAUCGUCAACUCCGGGCUUACCGUGCUUCCAAGCGAUAGCGAUUGGGAUCUGAUCAAAGACGUAACUGGCGAUGAUUCUUGGAAUGCCGAACACAUGAGGAGCUUGUUCGUCAAGCUGGAAAAGAACAACUACGUCCCUCGUGGUACCCCUGGCCACGGCUUUGAUGGUUAUCUCGAGACAAUUGCCGGAGAUGGCAAGGCGCUUCUUGCAUCAACCCAGGCAACGGCAGUUUUGAAGUCCAUGGCCGCAGAAGCUGGCCAGAACCCCGCGGAUCUUGCGACUCUCCUGACCGACGACAUCAAUGCGCUCAACCCUAAUAGGGAUCAAAAAACUGGCCUCUCGAGCCUAACUUUCCAUGCGAAUAGCACUUGGGGCCGCUACGCCGCAAGGGAGCGGGUUCUAGAUACCCUUCGUGCUGUCGAUACGAAAGGCAAGAAGUACCCGCUGGAGCUGAGACUCAACUCGUAUGCUACUAAGAUUCUCUUCGACAAGCCUGCGCGCGGUAAAAAGCCUCGUGCUAUUGGUAUCGAAUACCUUGAGGGUAAGAGUGUUUACCAGGGCGACGAGAGACACACUGCAUCAAACACCGGAACUCGUCGCCAAGUCUAUGCUAAGAACGAGGUCAUUAUUAGUGGUGGCGCAUUUAGCACCCCUCAACUUCUCCUGCUAAGCGGCAUUGGACCGUCUGCUGAUCUAAAGGCGCUUAAUAUACCAGUCGUUGUCAAUAGCCCUGGAGUUGGCCAAAGGAUGCAAGAUCACAACGAGAUUGGCGUUAUUGGACAGGGUGCAGAGGUAUUCAAUUUUGACGCAGCUCCUGGGUUCCCUAGAUCACAGUGUACCUACGGAGCACCCGGAGAUCCCUGCUACGAGCUCUGGCUACAGGGUCAGGGCCCAUAUGCAGAGCCACCCGCGAACUCGCAGUUCCUGUUCCUUAAGACCAAUCAUUCCAUCACUGGCGAGCGAGACAUUGGCAUGUUCUCAGGUCCCUUCGGCUUCCGUGGCUUCUGGCCUGUUACCGCGAAUCAAUCGUGGCACGAUCCUCCCACUACCUGGGGAAUGCACGGCAUUCACUUGCAUGGCACCAAUCGCGCUGGAUACAUCAAACUACGGUCUACUGAUCCUACUGCGACCCCUGAAAUCAACUUCCGUCACUUUCACGACGAAGAUGGCAAGCAGGACCUGGCGGCUAUGAAGGAGUUCGUUGCUUGGGGCCGUCGCACGUUCAACAGCGUCCCUGCACCCGUUGGUCCCUUUACUGCCUCCUGGCCUACUUGUUCAGGCACAGUCAAUGGCGACGGGAGCUGCUCAGUCGCGGAUAAUGACGAGGAUUUUAUCCGCGCCAACGUUUUUGGUCACCACGUUGUUGGUACCUGUGCCAUUGGCUCUGACUCCAACAAGAUGGCUGUCCUAGACUCCAAGCUGCGCGUCCGAGGUGUCAAUGGACUGCGUGUGGUCGACGCUAGUGCCUUUCCCAGAUCUCCAGGUCCUUUGCCUGUUCUUCCCACAUACAUGCUAAGUGAGAAGGCUGCGGAGGAUAUCCUUGCUAGUGCUAAGAACUAG